CAUUUUUGUUUUUAUUUUGCCGUCAAAGAGGUGGGAGAAGAUUGAGAGUUUGGGAUCACUUUUGCUUCGUUAUCCUCCAUCAGCACAGUUUUAAGUCUUAGCUGCUACUUAAUUUUUCUUUGGCUCUUCCACCCACUCUUCUAGCUCCAAGGCCACACAAAACCAAAAGGAACAUGGGAACAACAACUGACCUUAACUUUGAUUAUGUUUUGAGUCAACGCAAAGCAUUUGAUGAAACAAAAGCUGGUGUGAAAGGGCUUGUUGAUGUAGGUGUUAAGAAUGUUCCUACCUUCUUCCAUCACCAAACUGAGAAGUUUGAGAAGGCCUCAAAUAUAGGCAACAAAAGCCAUGUUAUUCCAAUCAUAGACCUUGCAGAUAUUGACAAAGAUCCAAGUAAGCGCCAAGGGCUUGUUGACAUAGUGAAGAAAGCAUCUGAAACAUGGGGUUUCUUUCAGGUGAUCAAUCAUGAUAUCCCUUUGAGUGUUCUUGAGGAGAUGAAAAAUGGGGUAAAAAGGUUUCAUGAGAUGGAUACUGAAGCCAAGAAAGAAUUUUAUUCGAGAGAUAGAUCAAAAUCCUUUCUGUAUAAUAGCAAUUUUGAUCUAUACGGCUCACAGCCAGCAAUCAAUUGGAGGGAUUCUUGUAGGUGUUUGUUGUAUCCUGAUACCCCCAAACCAGAAGAACUUCCUGUAGUUUGCAGAGAUAUACUGCUGGAAUACAGGAAACACAUAAUGAGACUUGGGAUUUUGCUGCUUGAAUUGUUUUCAGAAGCUUUGAGUUUGAGUCCAAACUAUCUGAAAGAUAUGGGAUGUGCUGAUGGGCUAUUAGCUCUUUGCCAUUAUUAUCCUUCAUGUCCUGAACCAGAUUUGACUAUGGGAAUCACCAUGCAUUCUGACAAUGAUUUUUUCACAGUGCUUCUCCAAGAUCAUAUCGGUGGCCUCCAAGUAAGAUAUGAAGACAAGUGGAUUGAUAUAUCCCCUGUACCUGGUGCUUUCGUAAUUAAUAUUGGCGAUCUUUUGCAGUUUAUAACAAACGAUAGAUUCAAGAGUGCUGAACACAGAGUGCUUGCAAAUGAUGUUGGUCCUAGAAUAUCUGUUGCAUGCUUUUUCAGUCCAUCUGCCAAGACAUCCUUAAAGCUUUGUGGACCUAUAAAGGAACUAUUAUCAGAAGAAAAUCCUCCCAAAUUUAGGGACAUUACAUUUGGUGACUAUGAAGCCUACUAUUUAGCAAAAGGACUCGAUGGUACUAGUGCCCUUACACGUUACAGGAUUUGAUCUAGCAAAUCUAGAAAAGGAAAAACUCUGAUGGGCAUGGUACAUGACUUUUUGACAAGGCAGGGGAAGUUGUGCAUAUAUAUGUAUUCACAAUUCCAAAACGUAGCCUGUUACAUAAUUGCAAUAUAGUCCUUUAAACUUAAAAAGUUAUGUACAUUUACCUGAAAUAAAUGUGACAACUUUUCAAAAUUAAAUAGACCUCUCUCUCUUCUCUUGAGUUAUUG